CUCUUAUAAGGGUGCACCCGUUGAUCUGGGCUGUUGGCCGAAUUACUACACAGCCAAGGCAGCGCCAUCAGCGCUAGGAUUUCCGGUAGAUGAACAAAUAUAUCCGAGGACUAGUCUUUCGAGCUAUGUGAUGAUGACCCCCGAACCCGUACUGGUACCCACCCGGACCAUCUAUCACCCGAAUAGUCUAAGGACUGUCGAAGGACGUGUUCUGUGAGCUCGAAUCAUAGCUUGUCUCCUUAGCAGACUUCAGUCCUCCUUUAUUCAGGUGCCGAGUGUCGGUUUAUCCUAGCAUCAUGCCUCCAAAUAUACGACCCCCAACAGCUCGGUACACCAUACUGGGCGACGACAACGACUCAGGCGAGAAGACAUCUUCUGGAAGUAGGGCCCGAGGAUCUCCGUUCUUCACACACCUGGUUAAGUUCUGGCGAGAGCUGGCAAUUUUAGGUCUCUGUAUCGUGUGUGCAUUCGUCACGCUCGAGCACUCUCUGGAGCCAUUUGGAAGGGGGACAGGGGCACAAGUCCAAGACUAUCGCCUAACAUCGGACGAGGAGCGAUGGAGACAAUUUCAUUGGGUCUCCGAUGUCUAUAGCUCCAAAGGUCCGGGAGCCGAAGACGCUGUGAAUGCGGCCUGGGAUCGAAUUGUGCCAGCGUUUGGAUUUGUAGCUGUCAACCAUACGUGGGCUGCGGAGCACAAUCUCCCGGCCAGCAUGGGCCUUCCUUCGGAUUCUUCCAAAGGUGUCUACAUUAUCGAUGCAUAUCAUCAGCUCCACUGUCUCACCAUCAUCCGCAAGACCCUCACCGAAAUCGUCUCGGGUAAGACUCCCAGUGUACCAAUGCCGCACUCCAUGCAUUGUUUCGAUAGCUUGUUGCAAUAUGUGAUGUGUGGUAACUCGGGGGAUACUUUGUUGUAUACUUGGGGUCGCAACGAGACGGGGGAUGGGCAGCUGCGGAAAUGUGUUGACUGGGACAGCAGGAAGAAGUGGGUGAGAGAAAAUACGGCGUGCUAUGCAGACGGUGACCAUCCGAUUCCGCUGUUUGAUCAUUUUAAUCACUGCGAGAUCAACGACGAUGGCAUAUCGGGACUUGUGUGAAUGUUUGAUUGGUUUCGGAAACUGUACAGUAGUAGGCAGAGAGGAAGAAUCAGCUAUUCAUAGUAGUCAUAAAAGUUUGAUUCGCUCCAAGACAACACAAAGGAUAAUUACAUAGAUCAUACACUUCCCGAACUCUCCCCAAU